GUGGGCUUUUACGUUGAAAAUGUGUCAGGAAGUGGUAGGUUUGGGUCUCACCAAGAACGUUCCGUAGGAAGAAAUAAGUAAAAUGUUACCGCAAUAUUGCUACUUUUACCUCGGAAAUUUCCUCUUUUUUUGCUAAGACGCUGGACUCUUGUGAUUAUGAAUUUAAAUAUGUUCACUAACUAGCGUUAGGUUACCAUCAUUAUUGUGAAGUAUUUGUCGCCUAGUCAAAACGAAAGUUCAAAUUGUGACUUCAAAUACCUGGUCGUCUUUAGGCAAGCGUGGAAUGGUAAACGAGGCUCAUUGGUACCAUCCAUCCACUUCCUACCGCUUAUUCCCUUUGGGGUGCCUAUAUCAGCUACAAUCGGGUGGAAGUCGGCGUACACCCUGGACAAGUCGCCACUCAUCACAGGGCCCUCAUUGGUAUCGUAAGGAUAUAACAGGAUGAACUGGCUGUCUCAUUCUAUUCAUCUGAUGUUCCUCCUUGACUGCGUGCUCGCUUCACUUCCUGCUCCGUGCAACCUAUCGGUUGACUCCGUUCACUUCCGCCAUAUCCUGCAUUGGGAUCCUGGGCCUGGAUCUCCAGCAGGAACUCAGUACAAGGUCUUCGCAAGGUUGAGGGGAAGUAAGGAAAAAGAACCGCAGAACACCACGACAAUGGAAACAUCUUUACAGCUGGACUUGGACAAUUAUAAGUAUUACUUGAGCGUGCAAGCUCUCCACAACGGAACCUGGUCUGCAGCGUCAAAAGAAAUUCCCUUCAAUCCGAUUGAACAAACGAUCAUAGGCCCUCCAAAAGUCAUACUGGCUGAGAAUGGCAACAGCUUUCAAAUCAACAUAUCACUGCCUGAGGCUGACAAAAGCUCGAAGAUACGCAACAACAACAUCAUGGGCUUCUACGGAGCUAAGUUUAAAGUCUUGUGGAGGAAAUCUAAAGAAAUAGAGGGAUCCAUAGAAACGAAAGAGAAUAGUGUUACUCUCCACAACUUGGAGGCAGCCACGCAGUACUGUGUACAGGUUCAGAUUGUUAUUACCAUGAAUAAGAACACGAAGCCAUCAGACUGGGUCUGCACUUUUACUGACGGAGCAGGGUCGAGAGUCUCUUUUAUAGGUACAAUUGUUGGAUCUACGAUUUUGGGCAUUUGUGUUGUGAUGGCCUUGUUGUGUGGUCUCCACAUCGCUGGAUUGCUUGGGAAACUGAAAGAAACCGUUCCAAACGCAUUAAAUAAUAUCCUGGCCCAUGCUUCAUGGCGGCCGUUACAGGAAGUCAUCCCUGAUUUGAUCUCCACUUGCUCGGAGACACACAGACAAAAGGACACCUCAGCAUUAUUUCCUGCCACCAAUACCACAAGCUCAGGGGAAGAGGAGUACGAUGAAGACGAUGAAGAGAGUAAGGUGUACAUCGACAGAAAUACUGAAAACACCGUCGGGCCAAGUUUAUGCCGGGAAUACGAUGUAUUCAGAACGGACCAAUCGACUCAGUCGCAAGAUUCUCAGAGUUCCACUAUCAGGUCUGACACUAAAGCAGAUACAGCUGACUCAGCACUUCAGACUGUUCCUGGGGAAGAAGAGAGCAGAGUUGAACAAGGAGAGUCUAAUAAGUGGUUUGAGACUGCGAUCAAAGUUCAAGCCACAUGUGAGUCAGAUGAGGAAAUGAAAGAGAACAUCUGCGACAUCUCUGAGGACGUCGACCUUUUCACCGUCACUCUGGAUCCACUCGCUGUUCAGGAGAAAGAGAAUCUGAACAGCACAAACUUAAACCUGUCUGAUCAGGAGCUUUUCAUGUCCACGCCUACAAAUCGGACUUUGUUGCAAGAAGACCAACCGACUGACUCAGAUGAUCUGAAACCAACGCAGCCCCCAGAUUUAGGUGAGGCUUGCUGUGAGAGCAGCGAUGAAGAUGAUGACGAUGAGGAAGAACAGUCUGCGGGAUAUAUUGGACGCUGAAAAAUAGCAAGUAUGGCAUGAAGUAUUACUGUCCAAUAUCCCAAAUAUAUCAUGGUACCACAUAAAAGGGUCUCUAAUACGAUACAAUUCUCCAUUGUAUACAGUAUAUAAGAGUUUUGCAAUGCUAUUGCUUUGUGAUGGAGCAAAAUGGAAGCCAAAUCAACAACACCCGGGGAGGAACUGGUGCCAAGAAAUGUUCCAUUUAAUAAAUUCAGACACUGACCAAACAACAAUAAUCUACUAAAACAUGGUGCAAACAAGUCCUUACGAGUGACUUAAAAACUCAAAUCUAUUCCAUCACUCGGAAUAAAUGUGACAGAGUACCAAGGUUACAUCAAAAUCACAAAGUGACGAAAAGAAAAACACAAAGUGCUCCGAAUAUGACAACAGGUGUCAAAUUCAAGUUAUUUUGGUGACAACAAAUGUGUUCCAUAAAACGUCUCAUUCAGAAUAGUUUGGCAAAAAAUGUGACUAGUUAUUUUCUAUUUCUCUCAAUUUUUUUACAUAAAAUUUGAUUUGCGUUUUUUGGGGUUCCCAACAAAAUUCCUUACAUGUUUUUCUCAGAAAAAAUUAUUUACACAAUAUUUUCACAUAAAUAGUGAUUUACGUUUUUUUUAACAAAAAUAUUGGUUUCACAAUUUUCCCCUCCUUUUUUAUAAAAAAAAAUAAUGGUAGUUCUAAUGAAGUUAAGUUAAAGUACCAAUGAUUGUGACAAUCAUUGGUGAAAUUUGUCCUCUGCAUUUGACCCAUACCCUCGUUCACCCCCUUGGAGGUGAGGGGAACAGUGAGCAGCAGCCGUGCCGCGGCCCCGGGAAUCAUUGUUGGUGAUUUAACACACCUUGAUGCUGAGUGCCAAGCAGUUAGUUAAUGGGUCCCAUUUUUAUAGUCUUUGUUGUGACUCGGCCGGGGUUUGAACUCACAACGUACCGAUCUCAGGGCGGACACUCUAACCACUAGGCCACUGAGUAGGUGCUUUUAUUUGAACAAAUAGUAUUUUGAAAGGGGACAAUUCGAGAACUUACAGGACACAUCACACGAAGACACCAAAUCUUACUUUUAGCAAAAUGCUCAUUGUGUGAAUGCUUCAAAGCAUUCUACACCAAAAUUCAUCCACUUAUUACACUUCUUCAAAUUCUUCUCUAUAUUUUGGCACGCUCUAUAUUCCACAUUUUUCAUCCGAUUCAAAUCGUUCCAACUGCAAACUGUUCAACCUAUAUGGGAAUCGCGGGUUUUCUCUUGACAAAUUCCAAAAAUUCACAGAUUUCCUAGAAUUUCAGGUUUUCCGGGACAUUUUUUCCUGAAAAGAGAACCAAUAUGAAUACAGAGCUAAUGUUUCAACUUCGAUGGCUUUAAUUGAAAUUACAGAAUAAAUUACCAAUGCAAUAGAUAGUAAAAAUGUGCGGCAGCAGUGUUUAUGGAUCUAACUAAAGCAUUUGACACAAUUAAUCACAAUAUUUUAAUCAAAAAACUAGGAUAUAGCAUCAGAUGGUUAGUCUUAAACUGGAUAAGAAGUUAUCUAACAAACAUGAAACAAUACGUGAAGCUAGGCGAACACACUUCUACAACGCUAAAUAUAUCCUGUGGUGUACCUCAGGGAUCAAUACAAUUAUUCAAUCUCUAUAUAAAGGACAUUUGUAAAGUUACAAGAGAUUUAAAGUUAGUAUUAUUUGCGGAUGAUACAACAGCGUUUUGUUCAGGAGAGAACACACAGAAGAUAAUACAAAUAAUAACAUAAGAAAAAAACAAAUUAAAAAGAUGGUUGGACAAAAACAGACUAUCUUUCAAUCUCAGUAAAACUAAAAUAAUGCUAUUUGGUAACAUUAUAAGAGAAAUUCAAAGUUAAAUAUAAAUAGACGUAAUAGAAAUUGAAAGAGUAAAUGAAACCAAAUUUAUAGGUAUAUUGAUUGAUGAUAAAUUGAACAGGAAAUCUUUAUGUUUCUUGCAACAUAAAGUUGCAAGAAACACGUCAGAAAUUAAUAAAUCUAAAUAUGUCCGAGACCAAACAUUACUCUAUAUUCUCUACUGCUCACUAGUGUUACCAUAUCUGAGAAAUAUGGGGAAAUAUCUACUAAAGUACACUUCAUUCAUUAACGGUGUUACAAAAAAGAUCAGUUAGAAUAAUACAUAAUGUUGGAUAUAGAGAACAUACAAACCCUGUAUUAAUUGAAUCAAAAAUACUGAAAUUCCACGACAUAGUGAAUUUGCAAACAGCUAAAAUUAUACACAAAGCAAACGAUAACCUGCUACCCAAGAAUAUACAACAAUUAUUUUCAAAAAAAGAGGAGAAAUAUAAUCUUUGAAAAAAAUGUAAUUUAAAACAUUUGUAUGCACGUACAACACUUAAGACCUUCAGUAUAUCAGUAUGUGGAAUUAAAUAAUGAAAUUGAUUAAGCAAAGCAAUAAAACAAUGUACUAAUAUGAUCCACUUCAAGAAACUCUUCAAACUUAAACUGUUUACAAAGUACAAAGAAGAAGAACCAUGAUAAACAUUCCGAAUUUAUUUCAUCCAUUCAUUUUCAAAAUAAUCUUACUCAUCUCACCAUAUGAAAUAUAACUUAUGUCACCAAGUAUUAUUUAUUUAUUUUCAUUAUGAUUACUUAUGGGCUAUAUUGUGAAUAAAUUGAGAACAGGAAGUGGACAAAAGUUUCCGCAACCGUUAUGUAAAAGAAAAGGGGUAGGAUUAAAUAAGCUCUGCUUCUUCCUACUCCUUUUCCAACAUGUUGAAAAGAGAAACUGGAGAUUGUGACAUACUUGCCAACCCUCCCGGAUUUUCCGGGAGACUCCCGAAAUUCAGCGCCUCUCCCGAAAACCUCCCGGAAGAAAUUUUCUCCCGAAAAUCUCCCGAAAUUCAGCGGAGCUGGAGGACACGCCCCCUCCAGCUCCUUGCGGACCUGAGUGGGGACAGCCUGUUUUCACGUCCGCUUUCCCACUAUAUAAACAGCUUGCCUGCCCAAUCACGUUACAACAUCUACGGAUUUUAAUAAAAAAUUGCACACACAAGGAGACGAAGCAGAAGAACGAGGAAGUUACAGCCAUGGUGACGCCGUCUGUAAUAGAGUGAUUCUAUGUUGUCUGUCGCCAUCUCCUGGUGAAUGUUGGCUAUAGCGUUAUGGGGUUGCUUUUUGAUUGGCCAACGAUUUAUGUGGUGUUGCGCACCUGACGGCAAGUGACUCAAGCCAGUACGCAAAUGGCAGAACAAAGGUUAUUUAAAUAGUGAAAGGUAAGUGUUGUUGUUGUUUUUUUAAAAACCAGCAAGCACAGUACAGUUAGUAGAACAACUGUGUUUUUUUUACUGUGUAUUUGAUAGGUGCCGUCUGAAAUUCAACUAUGUAUUUUAUUUAUAUAUGUAAAAUAAUAUAUACAUAUAGCUAGAAUUCACUGAAAGUCAAGUAUUUCAUACAUAUAUAUAUAUAUAUGUAUAUAUAUAUAUGUAUAUAUAUAUAUAUAUAUAUAUAUAUGAAAUACUCGAGUUGGUGAAUUGUAGAAGUAAAUAUACUCCUCCCCUCUUAACCACGGCCCUCCCCAACCACGCCGCCGCUCCACCCCGACCACGCCCCACCACCCACCUCCCGAAAUUGGAGGUCUCAAGGUUGGCAAGUAUGGAUUGUGAUGUAUCAUGUUGUAUGCUUGCAUGUUCCAAAUAAACUCAACUCAACCCAU